AUGUCUAACGUCUAUGAAGCAAUCAAUAAGCUUGAUUCAGAAGAGGAAAGAACUGCACUACGAACCUUCUUCACUAAUAAUCCAGGAAAAAGAGCUGAAGCGGAACGCAUCCUUCCUACAUGUAAAGAUAAUGAGGUAGUUCCUUACUUCAAAAAUCUCCUAAAACUUGAAUCCCCUAGUAAACGAAGAAAAUAUGGUGACGAUGACAAAAAACUGGGAAAGUUUUGGAAUACUUUGAAGAACGGGAAAGUUGUAAAGCAUUAUGGUGGCGAGUUUCUUGAAUUAUCCAGGGAUAUUUACUAUCUUCUAGGCAAAGAUGAACAAGGUUCCAAUAUAUCCACUCUGUUCAUCCGUGAAUGUUAUCGCCACCUGUCUAAUCUUAUUUUUGAGAAUGAAAAUGCCCACCGUUGGCGUAUUACUGGCAAUCCGGGAAUUGGGAAAACCUUCUUUAGUUACUAUCUACUUUAUUACCUUUCACAAAAACAAAAAACAGUCGUAUAUCACAAGCAUAACAAGUCUCCGAUUCUCUUCAGUGAGGAAGGUGUUUUUAGUUCCCCCGAUAUUUAUGCAUUCAGAGAUUACUUGGGAAAUGAAGAGGUUUGGUAUAUCGUGGAUG